AUGAUCAGGAAACGACUGUGCGUCGAAGUCGUGAGUGCUCGGAACCUCGAGAGCUCGCAAUCCAUUGACUCGUACUGCGUCGUUGGACUCUGCGCUAUCGAGUCGAUGAGUUGGCGCGGCAAUUGCCGUCUCGCUACUUCGUCAGGUCUUCGGUCGUCGACCGUGACAGGCUCCAGCCACCCCACCUGGGCUCAUGUGACGGAGUUCGUGCUACCAGCUCCUCUUGCGAACGUGAGAUUGAGGGUGGAGCUUCGCAGCGCAAAGAAUUUCUUCUUCGACAUGUUUCCGCCGUCCGAUGAUGGUCGGAGGUUGAUGGACGAGAAGGAGGCGGCCGCGGCACAAAUUUGCGGUCAAUCGGCAUGUUUUCAAUCGGAUCAGAGCAAUUUUCGGACCACGAGUGAGCCGCAAAACUGUGUGAAGGGAUUAAAAAGGGCUCAGGACAGUGACAGUGACGAUGUAGCUACGCUAUCUGAGGAGGAGGAGGAAGAGGACGACGACGACGAGUCUUAUGAGGAAGAUGGUACAUGUACAGAGGUUGAGGAAGACACAACUGUUGCUGCUGCACAUUCAGACGAUGAGGUGCUGGGCGUAGUUGAGAUAAACCCGAGUGUUUUUUGCAAGUCGUCGGGGGCUGUGACGGACUCGUGGUACAUCUUAUCUGGCACGAGAACGGGGGAGGUGCGGAUCCGCACGAUUUGGUAUACUCGAGCGAAACGGGCGCUCGCUGCCCAGGAUCGCGCUGUGCUGUAUGAGGAGCAUGUGCAACACUGUGUGACGGAACCUAUGAAUGAUUUUUACGGGUUUUCUAUACCAAUGGCUGCAAGGGACAAGUGGGUGCACCUGCGCUCGUAUCAGGACUGCCGAGAAGAGAGACGUGUUGAGGAUUGGACGAGGUUAUAUGGCGCUGAAUUUGCGGAACGUCUUCGGCGUUGUUCAUUUAAGGAAAGAGACACAAAGGAAAAAGCUUUAUUGAUGCAGCUGGCUCGGAAUGGUAUACCGCGGCAUAUGCGAGCACGUGCGUACGUGAAUCUUUCUGGAGCAAGUGAGAAGCAAAAGCAUGCAGGUGCUGACUACUACAUGGAUCUUGUAAAGAAAGCAGAGACGGUUGAGACGGAGACAUUUAGCCAAAUUGAGCUUGACAUCGGCCGCACGUUUGGACAAUCUGAAACGAUCAUAAGCUCCGAGUCGGGACGUGGACAGUUGCGUCGCAUUCUUCGAGCCUAUUCGCUUCGCAAUUCAUCCAUAGGUUAUUGCCAAGGUUUGAAUUUUAUCGUGGCGUUUCUGCUGCUGAUAGCAGAUGAAGAAGUCGUAUUUUGGCUGUUGAGCGUGUUCUGUGAGGAUUUAUACCCGGGGUACUACUGUCCAGCAAUGGACGGCAUCCAAAGGGACAUGUUGGUGCUGAAGCAGAUGAUCGCUGAGGAGCUCCCUGAGCUGGAUAAGUUUGCAUCGGAGAUGGGGCUACCGUUGGAGCUUCUGGGCUCUCAGUGGCUCCUAUGUUUAUUUACUACAACAUUUCCUAGUGAAACGGUGUUUCGGAUAUUCGACUGCAUCUUCAUAGAGGGCUCGACGUUUGUUUUUCCUGUGAUCAUGGCGCAUUUGCGUCGGCUGGAACCGACACUGCUGGAUCUCGACGAGUUCCACGGCGUGUUGUCUUCAAUCAAGGACGCGGAAAGUGCAUGUGUUGACGGCGACACGUUCAUGACUGCCGUGUGCAAGGAAGCUGAGAGUGUCAGUGCUAGUCGGGUUCGACGUUUGCGUGAGGCGCAACAUGGGCUGGUGCGGAGCGAAAUGGAGCGGGCUGAACGCGCUCGUUCUUUCAACAAGCAGCUGGCUAUCGUGCACCAGAUCCCUGCAUUCCCACAUUAUGCGGCGUGUCUCCUCCGUUUCUUCCACGAGGAGGCGGAAGAGUCCUCGCGCUCAGAUGUGGCUUUCGUAUUGACCAUGCUCUGCCAUGGUCUCGUGUGGCUAGCAGAACAAUCGAAGCGCUGGAGUUACUAG